GUUCCCGUAUCUAGUAUGCAGUCAGCGCAUCUUGUUUCCGGGUCCGUUGAAACUCAACUGCCCGAUCUGGCUGUUGUCUCAUUCCAUCCUUUCCUAAGUUGGUACAUCCCACCUCUGUCACACAGCCGACUACGGAUGCUUGGAAGGCCCUGUAUCCUCCGUCCCGUCGGCGGCGCGUCCCCUCCCUUUUCCCUCAGCUCAGCUGGCUUCGUCAGCGCUGCCAGCGUGGAGCUGGCCGGCCGGCCGAGAAGGCGGAAGUGCCCGGAGGGGAGGAGUCGUGCUACCAAGCCCGCGCCCGGCCAUGGAGAGCUCCCUGGAGAAGAUGGUUGACCCUACUUUAGCAGAAAUGGGAAAGAAUCUUAAUGAGGCCAUGAAGAUGUUAGAAGACCCUGAAAGAAAAAUGGAGGAAGAAAAUGAAAACAAAUAUGCAAGGAAGGAUAUUCCUGGACCACUCCAAGGCAGUGGGCAAGAUAUGGUGAGCAUUCUCCAAUUAGUACAGAAUCUCAUGCAUGAAGAGGAGGAAGAAGAAUCAUCACAGUCUUACCGAGUUCAGAAUGUUGGAGAACAGGGUCACAUGGCUUUAUUGGGACAUAGUCUGGCAGCUUAUAUUUCAGUACUGAACAGGGAAAGGCUAAGAAAACUUACAACUAGAAUCCUUUCAGAUACCACUCUGUGGCUUUGCAGACUCUUCAGGUAUGAAAAUGGGUCCGCUUAUUACCAUGAAGAUGAUCGUGAAGGUCUCUUAAAAGUCUGUAGACUUGUUAUUCACUCUUGCUAUGAAGACUAUACAGUAGAAGGAUUCAAUGUGUUAUAUAAUAAGCAGCCUGUUAUAUACAUUAGUUUUGCAGCCAGAACAGGCUUGGGUCAAACUCUCUGCAAUCAGCUUGGGUUGCCGCUUUCAUGCCUGUGCCGCGUGCCUUGUAACACCAUGUUUGGAUCCCAGCAUCAAAUGGAUGUUGCUUUAUUAGACAGAUUGAUUAAAGAUGAUAUUGAAUCUGGAAAGCUGCCACUGUUAUUAGUGGCAAAUGCUGGCACACCAGGAGCAGGUCAUACAGACAAGCUUGGGCGAUUGAAAGAACUUUGUGAGCAGUAUAACAUGUGGCUACAUGUAGAAGGAGUGAAUUUGGCAACUUUGGCUUUAGGUUAUGUCUCCUCUUCAGUACUGGCUGCAACAAAAUGUGACAGCAUGACUCUUACUCUGGGUUCCUGGUUGGGACUCCCAGCAGUACCUGCAGUGACACUCUACAGACAUGAGGAUCCUUCUUUGUCCUUAGCUGCAGGCCUGACAUCCAGUCAGCCAGUAGAGAAACUCCGUGCCCUGCCCUUGUGGCUAUCCUUGCAGUACCUGGGACAUGAUGGGAUUGUUGAGAGAAUAAAGCAUGCAUCUGAGCUGAGUCAGAGGUUGCUGGAAAACUUGAAGAACAUGGAUUUCAUUAAAACUUCGGUUGAAGAUGAAUUUAGCUCUCCUGUAGUGGUAUUCAAGUUUUCCCCGGAACUUCCAAAUAUAGAUCAGAUACAACAUGCUGGAUCAGCAUCUAUAAUUCAACACCCUAUAACCAGCAAUGAGAGACAGAUUUGUGACACCUUCAAUCAAUGGCUAGGUGAACAGUUGGGACAGUUAGUGCCUGCCAGUGGAGUUGAUGUGGUUGAAUUAGAAGAUGAAGGCACAUGUGUACGUUUUAGCCCAUUAAUGACUUCUGCAGUUUUAGGAACUGAAGUACAAGAUGUAGAUCAGUUGGUGGACUGCUUAAAAAUGAAGAUACCAAUACUGAUAUGCACACUGCAGCUAAGAGAAGAAUUUGAGCAAGAAGUGAAAAGAACAGUAGGCUUGUCAUAUAUUGAAGAUUUCAGCUGGCCAGGACUAGGUGUUGUAAGGUAUGAGUAUAAAAGCGAUGGGAAGAAUGAUGACAAACAAGAGAAAGAAGUAGAGAAAAUUAACACUGGACUUUUGAAAAAACUAAAUGAACUGGAAUCAGAUCUCUCUUUUUCUUUGGGGCCAGAAUUUGGAGGGGAGAAGAACUGUGUGUAUAUUGGCAUGGUAACUGAAGAUCUGGAUGUGUCUGAACUGGUGGAAACUAUUGCAGCAACAGGCAGAGAAAUUGAAGAAAAUUCUCGACUGCUGGAAAAUAUGACUGAAGUCGUUAGAAAGGGGAUUCAGGAAGCGCAGGUUCAGCUGCAGAAAGCGAAUGAAGAAAGACUUCUUGAAGAGGGGCUGCUAAGGCAGAUUCCUGUAGUUGGCUCUGUGCUGAACUGGUUUUCUCCAUUUCAUGCCUCACCAAAAGGAAGAACAUUUAACUUAACAGCAGGCUCUCUGGAGUCCACAGAACACACAUAUGUAUCAAAAGCGCAGGGGACUGAGACCACUCCACCCCCCACUCCUACUCCUAUUAAACAAAGACUUCCUGGUCAAAAGCUUUUCAAAAGGUCUUUAAGAAGCUCUGAUGGAUUUAGUGAGACCAGUUCAGUUAGUCAUAUUGAUGACUUGGAAAAGAUGGAGCAACGGUCCCAUUCUGUGUCUACUGUACAAGAGCAAGGGACUGUGGAGACAGAGAAAGCAGAGCAGCAGAAUGACCUAGCACAAGAAACAAAUGAAGCAACUGAAGAUCUGCAAAGUGACAAAUCCCAGAAAUUGGAAAAUGACUGCACUAAAGUAGAGGAACAAGAAAAUCUAAGAUAAAAUCCAGAUUUUGCUAAUUAAGACUUUGUAUAAUAAUCACAUUCCCUGUAUGGCAGGGAAGUUUAUGAUGUAUUCAAAAUGUGAACAGUGCCACAAGUUUGUACAGUAACUACUACUGUAAUUCACAAUUAACAGGGAUUUUGCACAAAAACAAAGCUUUUUCCCCUAGGGGAUGUGAACUUGUUUUAUUGUACACUUAUUAGAACUGUUUUAAUCCUAUAUACAUUAAUAUCUCCAAAGAUGCCUGAUUUAUUUUAAUGGCUUAUAAACAGUUGCCCAAAGGAAUUUUUUUGGCAAAGUGGUGAGUUAUUGUGUGAAUCCAGGUGGCAUUAUAGUGCUUACUGAGUUCAUCAGACAUUUGAGUCAAGGUUAAGCAUGCAGCUGGUGAUAUUUGUAAAGUGAUCCUAAUUUAAAAAUAUUCAAUAAACCUGCCAUUACUCAUCUUUAUAUUUUAAAUCAGCUUAAUUUUUACAAAAAAAGCACAACAAUCCAGGUAGUCAUGCUGUCUGUGCUGCACUUCAUCUCAUUGCUUUUUUUAAUCUCUUAUGUUCAUUAGAAAUCCAUUGCUUUUAACUAAAAGGGUCAUCAAGCAGUUGUGAUGCAAUGAGUGACAGAGAGGUAUCUGUGUGUAUAAUAUGAAAAUGUAAAUACUACUUUGCCAAUCAUUUUUUCUUGCUGUUAUAUGAAUUAGUCCACUCAGUUAAGCUUCUUAAUCUUACAGGGCUUGCAAGCAUUCACCCUUUUAGAAAGCAAUAGUGCCUCUGCAUGACUGUCAUUUCUUGCCUCUAUAACUGGCAAGAAGCUUUGAUAACGAUCCAUCCUUGUUUACGGCUACACUCCCGCUAUAACCAGCUCCUAUGAAUAUGACUGGAAUCUUUUUGGUUAUGUAUUUUUAGAUACUUGUUAGUAAAUCUUGAAAAUUUU